CAGCCAAACCCCAACAUCACUGCUAUCCCUGACAUUAAAAUGUUCAGGCUGGAUGCUAUAGGACCGUUUCUAAUUACCUUAUAUCCCCCAGUGGCCCAUGAGUAAUGGCUACUGAAGGAGCUGGCAACGGUUGCUGAGAAGGAAGAGCGGAGAGAGGGCGAGAGAAGGAGGGAGAGUGUGAUCUAAUCUGGCAGCUGUGUUCUGGAAGAGGAGAAGGGAAGAGAGAGAGAGAGGAGAAAACACAGACCCACCGCCGGAGAUCACGGAAGACCAGAGCAGAUAUAAGCAAACCUUGAUUAAAAGCUGCCUGACAGCCCACGGCAGCAGCAAGCAGCAGGCAAGGAAGCUCUUCAAGUCCAAAGGGAGUCGCAGUGGCGGCUCCCGCCACGGCCAGGCUCUCAGAUGUCCCUGAUCCUUUAAUCAAUCACAGCCGAGGAGGGGAAGAGCAAACGCCCAUCUGAGGCGAGGAGAUAACCAGUCUGAGCCAUGCAGUCUUUUCGAGAAAGGUGUGGUUUCCAUGGCAAGCAGCAGAACUACCAGCAGACUUCACAAGAUUCAUCACGCCUGGAGAAUUACAGGCAUCAGAGCCAGGCAGGGCUGAGCUGCGAGAGGCAGAGGCUGCUGGCCAAAGAGUACUACAGUCAGCAGCCUUACCCGGCUUAUGACAGCACCGCCUCCGCGGCCGCCGAUAAAUACCACCGAGGGAAUAAGCCCAUUCCUGUCCAGCAGCCACUCCAGGGGAGACCGACCUUUUCCAGUUACAACGUCCAGGAGAACAGUCCCUACCCAGCUCGGUACUCGGGAGAGGAGAGCCUGCAGACAUGGGGAGCCCAGCAGCAGGCCCUCGCAGGAGGGGUAGCCAAGUAUGAAGAGAACUUGAUGAAAAAGACAGCCGUGCCCUCUGGUAGCCGCCAGUACCAGGAGCAGAGUACUCAGCUGCCCUUCCGGACUCACUCUCUGCACCUCCAGCAGCAGCAGCAGCAGCAGCAGCAGCAACAGCAGCAACAGCAGCAGCAGCAGCAGCAACAGCAGCAGCAGCAGCAGCUGCAGCAGCAGCAGCAGCAGCAACAGCAGCUGCAGCAGCUGCAGCAGCAGCAGAACCCCCUGACAUACCCCAAGCUCCAAAGGCAGAAGAUCCAAAAUGACAUCGCCCCUAUGUCCUUUCCCCAGGGCUCUCACUUCCCCCAGCAUUCCCAGUCCUUCCCUACCUCCUCCACCUAUUCUUCGGCCGUCCAGGGGGGAAAUCAAGGAGCUCACUCCUUUAAGAGUUGCACUGCCCCAUCCAGCCAGCCCCACGAGAGGUCCCUGGCUAGCAAUGCCAACCUGACUCCAGGGCAGAGGGUACAAAGCCUGCACAGCUACCAGUCAGGCAGGAUCAGCUACGACCAGCAGCAGCAGCAACAGCAGCAGCAGCAGCAGCAGCAGCAGCAGCAGCAGGCUCUCCAGGGCAGACACCAUGCCCAAGAAACGCUGCAUUAUCAGAACAUAGCCAAAUACCAACAUUACAAUCAGCAAGGGCAGAGCUACUGCCAGCCAGAUACCCCAGUGAGGACCCCUGAGCAGUACUACCAGACCUUCAGUCCUAGCUCCAGUCAUUCCCCGGCACGGUCCAUGGGCCGGUCUCCCUCUUACAGCUCGACUCCGUCCCCACUGAUGCCCAACCUGGAGAACUUCCAAUACAGCCAGCAGACACUCAGCACGGGAGCCUUCCCUGCCAGCAUCACAGAUCACAGCCACUUCAUGCCCCUCCUGAACCCUUCCCCAACAGACGGGACAAGCUCAGUGGACGCCCAGGCGGUGAAUUGCAAGAAUUUACAGAAGGAGAAAAUCCCCGAGAACCUGCUCUCAGACCUCAGCUUGCAGAGCCUGACUGCUCUCACCUCGCAAGUGGAGAAUAUUUCCAAUACUGUGCAGCAACUUCUGAUGUCCAAAUCUACUGUUCCCCAGAAGAAAGGCAUUAAGAACCUGGUUCCCAGGACCCCGGAGCAGCUCAAAGGUCAGCAUUGCAGUCCAGAGAGUGGCAGCUACUCUGCGGAACCUGUGGGCACCCCUCUGUCGGAGCCUCUCAGCAGCACCCCGCAGUCCAUUCAUGCAGAAGCCCAGGAGGCAGACUACCUGAGCGGGUCAGAAGAUCACUUGGAAAGGACCUUCCUGUAUUGUAACCAGACCCGAAAUAGCCCUGCCAGGGUCAACAGCAACUCCAAGGCCAAGCCUGAGUCAGUCUCCACCUGCUCGGUUACCUCCCCCGAUGAUAUGUCCACCAAGUCUGACGACUCCUUCCAGAGCCUCCAUAGCAGUCUGCCCCUUGACACCUUUACCAAGUUUGUGGCCAGCGACCGGGAAUGUCCCCGCCUGCUGCUCAGUGCCCUGUCCCAGGAAGAGCUGGCUUCGGAGAUCAUCGUGUUACAGGAGGCCAUCAGUGAAAAGGCUGAUAAAGGCUGGAGUGAGUCUCCUGUCCUGACUAAGGACCCCAGCAAGUCCUCCUUCUCUUUAGACAACCACAACACCUGCCUAGACCCUGUGGGCAAGAACACCUGGUCCCACCCAGACGAGGCAGAAACCCUACCUGAUCCCCUCCACAUCAAUAAAGGCAACAGUACCAAGGACUUUAGCGAGGAGCUGUUUGAGGAUCCCCCUGUGGGGUUCACCAUGCCUGAAACCAAGAAAUUACCCUGUUCUCUUCCAUAUGGUCCCAAACCGAAUCUCCCAGAUGCCCCGUCUAACUCUGGGACGGCUGCUUUUGGCUGCUUUCCUGAUACGACCGCUGACUCCGUGGGUUCUGGUGACAACGCAAACCCCUUUGCUUGGCCAGAGGAGAACUUGGGGGAUGCCUGUCCCAGGUGGGGUCUACACCCCACAGAACUUCCUAAGGGACUGGGCCGAGGGAAGCCUCCCGAGGGAACUGGCAAAGAGAAAACAAAUGAUACAGUUUGUAUGGGCUUCCCCGAGGGAGAGCCAGCAAGCGAGAAGGAGGAGGCAAGAGAUUUCAAGCAGGAGGAGGUCAGAGAAGUGAAGGAGGAGGACGAUAUCCUGGGCUGCCAGGAGGCCAGCAAAGCUGAUCGAUGGCUGGAGGACAGUAGGCACUGCUGCCCGGCUGGUGACUUCAGUGAUAUCUCCUUGCUGCCCUCCGCAGAGAGGAAAGACCUGGAGGCAGAAGAGUACUCCUCCCUCUGUGAGCUCCUGGCCAGCCCGGAGCAAAGACCUGUUCUGCAGGAUCCAUCUCCCCCAAAGACCCCACUGAUCUGCACCAAGGAGGAGCCCGACGGGUCUCUCAGCCCAAAGGCCAACUGGGUUUCACCCUGCCGCCUCUCCGGGGAGUCAGUCAUCCUGCUGGGCCCAGCUGUGGGUACAGAGUCCAAGGUGAAGAGCUGGUUUGAGUCAUCUCUGUCUCACAUGAAGCCGGAGGAAGGGACAACCGAGAAUGAGACCAUGCCUCCGGAGAAUAUAACCCCCAGUGCCCCUCUGCCUGGGAAGCUGAACAAGCCAGCAUUACCUGAAAACACUUUGGCCAAGAAAGGGCCGCUGCCUCGAGGGAAGAGCCUGAGGAGCCGGCGGGUGCAGAGAGGGCUACCAGAGGGAGAGGAGUCUGGCUGCAAAGCCCCAGAUCUGCCCAAGGACCUUUCACUGCCAGAGCCCUGCACGGGACAGCCCCAAGGGCACACCGAAGGAGCCGGCGCCCCUGGCCAGCUGGGUCCUGCCGGGAGGGUCGUGACCGAAGGGCUGCCCAGAAUGUGUACCCGCUCUUUCACCGCCCUCAAUGAGCCCCGAACCCCUGGCUCCCACCCACCGAGCCUAACCGGGGCAUCCUCCCAACCUGAGAAGCUGGGGACAAAACAGAGAGCCAGUUUCAAGUCUGGGAAGAGAGCGGGAAAACUGUCCCCUAAGGUGGCUUCCAGCCCCAGUGACCCUGCAGCUUUGCCAGUGCCCAGCCUAGCCCAAGAGAAUAGCUCCAUGGGGCCCAAGAUGAAGGAAACUGAGUCCCCAGAUACCCCAGCAAAGGACCAGAGGUCCAUGAUCCUCCGGUCUCGGACCAAAGCCCAGGAGCUCUUUCACCCCAAGCGGAGGAGGCCUACGGAAGGGAGGCUGCCAAACUGCAAAACUGCCAAGAAGCUCAUGUCUAAUAACCACCUACCACCCAGCUUCAAGAUGCCUGGCAGUGCCCAGAAAGAGGGGAAAGCAAACCGGAGGGUGAAACUCCCCAAACCUGCAUCGACCGUGGGAGGUAAGCUGCCCGAGCGCCAGCUGCACUCGCUGAAGAGGAAGUCCACCUUCAUGUCCCCAAUUCCAGCAAAGAAGAGGAAUCUGAUUCUCCGAAGUGGAGGUAGCCCUGGGAACAUCAAGGAGGAGAAGGCCGAGACUUCCCCCAGCCUCUUCAAGAGGAUCUCCAGCCCCAAAAAAGCCAAGUCCACCAAGGGUACCUGUGAGUCCGCCCUGAAAGCCACUCCUCCGGAGACCCCCAACGUCUGUAUCAAAAUCACUUCUCGAGCUGCCUUCCAGGGAGCUAUGAAGACCAAGGUCCUGCCUCCCCGCAAGGGCAGAGGCCUAAAGUUGGAAGCCAUCGUGCAGAAGAUCACCUCUCCCAGCCUGAAGAAGUUUGCAUGCAAAACAGCCACGGCGGCAGCGGCGGCGGCAGCGGCAGCGGCAGCGGCAGCGGCGGCCGCCGCAGCGGUGGUGGCUCCAACCCACAGUAAUCCUCUGAGCCCUUCCCUCCCCGAGAAGGAGAGGGCCCUCAAGAAGGCCGGUGCCAGCCCAGCCGGGGGAGAAGCAAGGCCCUUAAACCCGGGCAUGGCUCAAAAGCCUCCCGCGGCCCCCGGAGCAGAGCAAUUAUGCAGAAAUUCCAACAACAGAUCCUUAAAAGGAAAACUAAUGAACAGUAAGAAACUGUCCUCUGACUGUUUCAAGGGUGAGGCCUGUUCAUCUCCAGAGACACCGCAGCAGCAAGAGGAGCAGCAGCAGCACGGCGGCGGCGGCGGCGGCGUGGACGCUGCGAAAAGUCUCGGCCUGGUGACCAAGAAGAGGAGCCGAAAGGGGAAGGCAGCAGCCCUGGGCCUGGCCAAGCUCCCCCUGGAGAAGCGGGCGCAUCUGGCGCCAGGCCUGCUCUUGGCCUCCAGGGAGAGGGCGGCUGUGGGGGGUGCCCUGGCCGAGGGCGGGGAGGACGGGGAAGGGGGAGGAGGCAAGAAGCCCAGCUUGGAGGACAAAGGCCUGAGCUCAGAGCCCCCCGAGGGCAGGGCCUCGCAGCCCCAGACGAGGGCCCAGAAGCAGCCCGCGGGCCAGGCCAGCUACAACGGCGGCUACUCCAAGCGGCAGCGCAAGCGGCUCACUCGAGGCAAGGCCAAGAACGUGGCUUCCCAGUGCAAGAGCCGGGCCAAAAGGCGAAGACAGCAGCAGCAUGCUCCCCCCUUGGACCCCGCUGAGCCUGAGAUCCGACUCAAGUAUAUUUCCUGCAAAAGGCUUCGGACUGAUAGCAGAGCCCCACCCUUCUCCCCCUAUGUGAGGGUGGAGAAGAAGGAUGAGUUCACUACCACCUGUACUGUGGUCAACUCCCCUGGGGAAGAGCCCAAGCCCCGAAAGGAGAAGCCUUCCUCGUCCUCCUCUUCCUCCUCCUCCUCUUCCUCCUCCUCUUCUUCCUCCUCCUCUUCCUCUUCCUCUGCUGCCUCUCCUACCACCUCCUCCUCUGCCCUAACCACCCUCCCAGGGGGGGCCUCCCUGCAGGCCCGGGCUGUGCUGCCCCUCUCAUCCACAAUGCACCUGGGGCCCGUGGUUUCCAAAACCCUGAGUGCGGCCUGCCUGGUCUGCUGUCUCUGCCAAAACCCUGCCAACUACAAAGACCUAGGGGACCUCUGUGGGCCCUACUACCCUGAGGACUGCCUGCCCAAAAAGAAGUCCAGGCUCAAGGAGAAAGUUAGGGCAGAGGGGCCAGGGGAGGAGGCGGCACCCCCCCUGGAGAGAACACUCAGAAGCCUGGAGAGCCACUGCUUGGCUGCCACCGGCCCUGGGAAGCCACCCAGGCUGGAUGUCGCUGCUGACUCAACGAAGCAGAGCACUCUGAGGUCAAGCUCCCGAGGCCUCUACAGGAAGCUCCAGAGCUGCUACUGCUGUGACGAGCAGAGGACGGAAGACGAGGAGGCCGCCUCUAUGGCCACCACUGCGGCGGACAAGCCAAGGAAGCACGAAUGCAGCAAGAGCGAGGCGCCGCCGCCUCCGCCGCCGCCGCCCGAGCUGAAUGGAGACACGCAGGAGCACUGGGUGCACGAAGGUUGUGCCAUAUGGACUGCUGGCGUUUACCUGGUGGCCGGGAAGCUGUUUGGUCUGCAGGAGGCGAUGAAGACGGCUGCAGAUGUGAGAUGUUCCAGCUGCCAGCAAGUAGGUGCCACCCUUGGCUGCUGCCACAAAGGAUGCCCCCAGACCUACCACUACGCAUGUGCCAGUGACACAGGUUGCAUUCUAGUUGAAGAGAACUUUUCUUUGAAAUGUCCUAAACAUAAGAGGCAGCUGUUGUAAUCCACCCUCCUGGGUCUUACCUCCUCCAUCUGGACAGGAGAUGCUGCCAAGCCUUGGGCCCAAUUCUCACCUGGAGCUGUGACCAGGACACCCAGAUCGGCAAGGAAAAGAGGAACAGGACCCUUCCUCCCCCUUGAUCUGCUGACCUAACCAGAGGUCCUUUCCUUCUGAAUGUUCUCAUCUGCUUAUGGCUAGCGUCCCGUCCAACUCUUGGGUCUUCUCCCUGCAAAGAACCGCUCCUCAGAGCUGACCCAGGUUUGCUGACCAGUAGGAUCCAGGCCCUGGAUUUGUGGAUUUGGGAUCCAUCAGACAAGACAGUCCCUAUACCUUAUCCCUACCUUGGUAGGGAAGCAUUCUUAGACCUCUCUUACCAGGUUAACAGUGUAGGUUGCACAGGGACAGGUGAUGGAACGGGGAGGUGGGGACAGGGCCUAGGAAUGAAGCAGUGAGGAUACUUUGUGUCAAACUUAGAUUCUUUUCCCAACUCUCUCUUGCCUGCUCCUGACCCUCCCAGCAUCUAAUGGGUAUGGCCUGAUACUUGGAUACCUAAGAGGCCAGGUCUGACUUUGCCCAUGCUCUCUGCCCAACUGCUCUGCAGCCCCUGCUGAGUAUGGGUCCCACAGGCCCUCGAUGGAGAAAUAGCCCUGGACACUUCUUUCCUGGUAAGCUGCAUCCACGUUCAGUCCUAGAGAAGUAAAGACCAUUGCCAGCCGAGGGGGUGACCAGAGGGACAGUGCAGAAUUUGGAGCUAGUGGCCUAAAGGGACUGUCCGCUUUUCCCUCGGUCACCUCAUCCAACUGGCAGAUGAAGAGGAGGGGAAGUAAAACAAGGCUGAUGUGAGUUGGACUAGGACACAUGUAAUUUCUAAAUCCCAGAGGGGUGGGGGGGGUCCCCCAUCAAUUCUGUCCACAUGGUACUUCCCCUUUCCUGCCCAGUAUAUUCUUUUUGGGUAACAGUAGAAUGGAUCUGGUCCACCCAGGUGCCUGCUCCUAUUUGGAGGAAGGUGUUUUAGUGUAAGCAGGGUUGGAAGAAGGCAACUUUUUGCAUGCCCAGUGCAAACCCUGGUUAUGUUAGUUUAGUUGAAGAAAUGUAAAGUCAUUGGAAAUCCCUGGGCUCCCAAAUAUAACCCAGGGGCAGAGCCCUAGCUAGGGACACGUGCCUGGCAGCAGGUGGAGUGAGGAGCCACUGGAAGGACCUGUUGCAGAGGAGAAUCCUCUAGCCUUCAGCUUGGAGGGGUGGGUGACCUUUAGCUGGAGAUGCAGCCUGAAGCUUUGACAUUAAUGAAUUGAAGCCUCUGGAACAGCUUGUUUCUAGCAGGCUGGUUUCCAGGUCUCUACAGAGCCUGGCUUGAUGAAGGAGGAUCCCAGCAUCCCCAGGUCUUCAGCUAGGGAAGAGAAUCUGUUUUUAAGUCAGUCUUCCCUAGUGAGGCUGGAUCAGAGACCCUUCUCGCUCCCUGACUGUGUGACUCUGAGCAAGUCCCUCUCUUUGACUCAGUUUCCUCAUCUAUAAAAUGAUGGGGUUGGGCUAAGUGAUUUUUCUAAGGUCCCUCCCAGCUCAGUCCCCUGUGAUUCUUUGGCCCUCCACCCUCCCCACGGAAUCUGUCACUCAUCUGCCUCCUUCUGAUGGCAUCAGUCAGUGACUCCAGGGUCAGGAGACAUGGCCGGGCCCAGGCAGAGCCUGUGUAGCUGCUUAUCCUAUGUUGGCUGUCCUAGUGACCCCUCCCCAAGGUGCCUGUUCCCCGUUUUAGCUCCCUUGAUGCUGAGCUAUCUGGUUUUCAUGGAUCCCCCGUCUUCUGCUUAUUUGACUCAGCUCUCCGCCUUGCUCCUGUGUGUUGUACCCUUUCCGCUGGCAGAAUCAACCCCGGGUCCAGCCCCACCCCAGACCCCCAAAGGAUGGUGGGCAGAAUCUGCAAAGAGAAGCUGGUCUAUUUGGAAUAGCUUGAUCAGAAUAAGGCUGGGGGUGGGGUGGGGUUUCUGUGUAUAUAUAUACACAUGUAUAUAUAUAUAUGUACACACACACUAGUGAUAAUGCAACACACAUUUAUAUAUAGCUGUUCACCUUCAUAGUGCUAUAUACGCAUGUGUGUGUGUUUGGCUAGACAACGUAUAUCUGGAGUCUGUGUGUGAUGGGGACUCAUUCUCAGGAGAGCCAGUGGGACGGCAGACAGCUACGAACCACGCAGCCGAAAAACAGAUAUAUCAUGUGUAUAAAAUAUAUAUGUACUGUUCUAUAUAUAUAUGUUAUAUAUAAUGUAUAUAUGUUUGAAACGUGCUCGCUUUUGUUUCACCACAUUGGUUCCACUGCAAGCAGCAACCUCAGUCCUUAGGUCUCCUGUCCAACACCCCCCACCCCCCAAAUCCUCUCCCUAGGAUGCCCUCCCCCGAACAGGAGCUGGGCCUUUAAAGGGGAAGCUGGCAUAGUGUAAUGGAGACCCCCCCAAAAAAAAUAGCCCAGUCAGGAAGCCCAGACAAGCAAGUCCCUGCCUAUUGCAUCUGUCUGUCUGUCUGUCUGUGGUCCUCUGCUCCGUUUAUCACCUCCGCUUAGCUAGGUCAGGUCCCUGCCUGCCCAGGUAACCUGGCUGACAAGCUCACUUUGGACUCUGGAGAUGGCCUUCCAGGGCCACUGGGGGGCGCCUCACUUAGCUCCCAACUGUCUUAGUGGCAUCAUGUACAUAUGACUGUAAAAUGGUAAACCGUGUGUAUUAUAUAUUGCCUCAUUAUAUAGUGUAUAUAUAUGUAUACAUAUACAUAUAUAUAUAAUAUAUAUGAAGACUGUAAAUGUUAAGACUAGUGUUCUUAUUAGUAUAUUGCUUCACACUGAAGAUUGUGUGUUAACGAGCUGUUUCUAAAAGAUGUUUAUUUUCCUUAAGAGUUAAAAAAAAGAAAAAAAACAGGUCAUUGCAUUAAAAAAAACCGUCAAUAAAGAUACAACAAUUGUUUUGGAA